AGAUAAAGUUAAGGUCAUCAGCAUCCCAUUCUACAAAAUAGUUGGGUUUACUACAGAGUAUAAAAAGAUUUGGGAUUCUUGGUCAAUUUAUCAGUCACACAUUUAUCAGUCAAUCUAGUCAAUUACUAGAAAAAAACAAGUUAAACAUGAAAUUCGUCGCUCUCGCCCUUGUCGCCAUCGUUGGCGUCGCCGUCGCUCGUCCCCAACAGGAAGUGACCGUUACUCGGUCCGAGUUCGAAAAUGAUGGGGAGAAAUUCUCCUGGGUCAGCGAGCUCAGCGACGGUCAGAAGCAGGAGCAGUCUGGAUUCUUGAAGCAGAUCGGAGAGGAGAAAGGCAUCUCCAUUUCCGGAUCGUACUCGUACACUUCCCCGGAAGGAGAGCUUAUCGAACUCCAAUACGUCGCUGACGAACAUGGAUUCCAGCCAACUGGCAAGCAUUUGCCAACCUCCCCACCAAUCCCAGAGGCUAUCCAGAAAGCCCUCGACAUCAUUUACAAGAACGCCGAAUCUGCGGGAAAGAAACACUAAAUGUCCUUAUGCAUUUUUAUUUAUAAAGAAAGAACUUACAAAAAUUAUACCAUUUCUAUGAUGAAAUAAAUUAUCGAUCCGAAAUUUUCAACUAAUAA